UGGAGGUAUGAGUGGUUCUUCCAAUAACUUGAACAUCCUCAGAAACCCCUCUUCUGGUAUUCACAACGCAUACUUGGUCAAACUAUCUCCAGAACUAGUUGAACAGUUGAAGCAAGAAGCGAGAACAGUGGAAGACUUGGAGGGUAGUACCUCAAACAGUUCUAACCUACGAGGACCGCAGCUUGUUAUUACAGAACAGGGAAAAUAUUUUGCUUUAAGAUUAGAUGAGAAUAAGCUGAUAAAGCUGAAAUAUAUUCCCGAAAGUAACAGUGAUAUAGAGUUUUAUGAAACUGCUCCUGGAGACGAUGAUAGCAACAGCCUCAUCUUGAGUGGAAGAGUGAAAGGAAAACUAUUUGAAGAAAAGCAGUUAUCGAAUAAAAUCUCGGAACAUAUGAAGAAGAGAGUUUUGCAAGCGGAGAAGGAAGCUCAUGCACACGAUAUAAAGGUCAUACAACCUCUAGAAAAUAAGAAAAAGAACGGAGUAUUGAAGCAAAGCUUGAUAGGGAACAAGAGACGUGCUUCUUUACCACCUGUUUUGAAGAGAACUUCAAGCGAAAGUCAGUUGAAGGAUUCUAAUCAUCAGUCCGAUAGAGUAGUUUCCAAACAGAGCAUUUCAGAACACUUGCAGGACGUUGUCACAAGGAAGAACAAUUCUUUGCCAAUACAUGCACGCAAUGUUUCAUCUCUUUCUCAUUCAUAUGUCUCCACAGGUUAUAGAGACUCUAGAAGUAAUAAUAGAGCACAAGUUAGUACGACUAGUUUUCAAGAUAGGCAAAUUCAUGCUCGUAGGUUGGAAUCCAGCAAGGACUUGACAAAUCAUCAUGCUCCGUCAGUAGAUACCAAGAAGAAGACGAUGACUCUGCGGACAUUUCUUAUGUACAUGUUGCUUUUGGGUCCGUUGUCAAGAGAAGAAUUGGAACGAGAACGCCAAGAUCGCUUUAUUCGUUUCGAGUCAGACGCAUCACUUUCUAUGGAUAUUGUAUUGGAAGAAAUCGCAGUUUUACGGGAUGGUAAAUGGAGAUUAAAGGAAGACAAAAUAGCAUCGCUAGUUGUUCAUGAAUUUCCAUUGUACUCGGGAGAAGAAAGUAAAAGUGCCGAAAAGAUAUUGCAACGUUGGAAGGAUCAACAUAAGUUAUGUAGUGAAGAAGAGAUUAAUGCGGCGUUGGAAGCCUUUCAACGAGAGUCAGAGUGUAAUUCUGGAAAUGAGAUGAAAGAAGGUUUUACCGGGAAGGAUCAGAAAGACACUUUUGAGUAUAGUCCAGAUGAGAUAUUGAAUCAGUAUAUUGAGAAAUAUCGUUUAUAUCAUAGUUUGGUAUCUCGCUUAAGUGAACUGAGUAAGUCGUUUGAGGACUUGAGAAAUCGGUUUUUGAACUCUUCCUCUGCAGAAGAGAGACAAAAGUUACGAGAACGUAUCAAAAUACUAAAAGACAAACAUGGCUCGAAAUGGGAUGUUGGCUUCCUUUUGGUAAAAAGUUUAGAAAGCCAAUUGAUACAUAUGAAAAAUAAAUUAUGGAGUUGAGCUCUUUUACAAUUUGUCUCCAU